AUGAAAGACUUUUCUCGUGGUAUAACUGUAUUUCUAAUGGAUUAUGAAAAAUACUUCAUCGUGAUAACUUGCACCGAUGCAGACGGGGAUAAAAGCAAAGAUUUUUGUUGCAUAGUCAAUGUAUCGAGCCUAGUUGGUACUAGAAAUACCCCAUCAUUUGCUGGUAAUUCAGCGACUAAAUCUGGUAUGAUUGAAUUAACAAAAUGUAUUGCAUCAGAGUAUUCAAAACACAAAAUCCGUUGCAAGGUAGUUUUGCCAGGAACGAUUGGAACGCCUAUGCUUGAUGUUUUGGCAAAAGACAUUGUCGAGCACGCUCUGGUGAAAAGACCAAUGCAAAGGUUGGGUGAACCGGAAGAAACAGCGAAUGUAUGUUUGUUUCUGGCAUUCAAUGAAAGUUCAUACGUCAACGGGGCUUGUCUGGAAGUCACCGGUGGAUUACAUGCGUGA